GUCUAAGUGGACAUCCCUCACAACUUUCCUUGAUCUUGUGGGAACUAUUUAUAUUUGGAAAUGAUUAUCUUAAUCCUUUUAUCAUGUUUUACCAACAUGGUGUCUGCAGUACCAGUUCGUCCGAGUGUCCUUCCUCCUCAGCUUUUACAAGGAAACCCAACUCAAGCUCAAGGAGUUGCUGAACCCUCCAACCAGCUACUUGACGCUCAGACACCUGCACCACUGCAACAACAGGAGGGGGUUACCCAGCAGCAGGGGGUCAUCCAGCAGUCAGGGGUCACCCAACAGGCAGGGGUCACCCAACAGGCAGGGGUCACCCAGCAGCACGGGGUAACUCAGCAGGUGGGAUUCACCCAGCAGCAGGGGGUCAUCCAGCAGUCAGGGGUCCUCCAGCAGCAGGGGGUCACCUGGCAGCCAGGUCCCCAGGUUGUCCCCCAGUUCCUGCUUCCAACACAACACUACACCUGGCCUCCACUAGGGAGCAGUCCAAUGAUAAUCCCUCUGCAGCCGAACCUCUACGGAUCUCAGCCUGCUAACCAGCCGACACACCCACAGCAACCAAUGGUUUUCCCUCCUUAUAGUUACUUUCCUCUUCUCUCAUCUGCCUAUAGGAACCAACUGUUCUCCCCAUAUGGAUUCCCAAUGAUUGUUGAAUCACCCCUUCCACAAAAUCCAGCAAAUCAGCCUCCGAACAGUCCUGUCAUACCUGCAGAAAGACUUUCUGGAGCUACUCCUUCCGAUGCAGCUCAAUCAGUGCUGCAGCAACAACAGAAUCCCCAAAUUGUAUACAUGCUCCAGCAACCCAAGAGUUCUACCCUUGGCAGUUUGAGCUCAGAGGAACUCCAGAUGGCAGCUAAAAUGGGCCAGCUGGCCAUGUACCUGACCAAUGUGCUCACAAACUCACCUGCUGGAGCCAUUCAGCCUGUUAGCCAGGCCGCUGGGAUCGCAACCCCACAGAAGCAAGGCAUCGUGCCAACAGUUGGGACCUCAGCUGGGACCUCAGCUGGAGUCCCACAGACACAGGGGCUGGCCAGGUCUGGGCCUCAGCCAAACACUAACGUGAUACCUGUGGGUUUGGAGAGAACAGCGCAGGAAACAGCCACUGUCCAAACACCCGUUCAAGCCAAACUCCAACCCACUCAGGGAAACCUUGUCUGACACCGCAGCCACCAUUAUUAUAACAAUAAAAUUUAAAUCUAAACUGUUUCAACCUGGCUCUACGUGUUUGGAUGAUUUAAUCAAACAACAUUCAUUUUAACACUUUACUUUUUCUCAAUUGCAAGCACUGCACACACGAUAUAUGGUAAUGGUUGAUGUGUCAUACAUUCUCUGUAUUUUCAUAUAUAGCAACACCACAUGCACAUGCAAUUUGGCUUUCUUUGCUCCAACUGAUUUUCUCAGCUACACCCCAAUCUUGUUUGUACGAUAAAAAAUGCCUUCCAGCAAGGCACCUGUAAAGAAAAAACACACUGUCCUUGUUGGUCUUUUCCUUUUUA